AUGGCGCCCAAGACGAAAAAGUCUGGAAAGAAGAAGUCGGCCAAGUCCGCGAGCGCCGCGUCGGCCGGGAAAGAUGUCGUCGUCGCGGAGAAGGAGGACGAAGCGGAGAAGAAGGACAUGACGCACGCGUACGCCGAGGACUUGAAGACGGACAUUUACACCGACGUGAACGCGAACCCGAAGGCGCUGGUGCACUCGGCGGAGUGGCGAAAAAUCAUGAAUGGGGACCCGGUGGAAAUCAAUCCAUCCGUCGGUCACGGGUUGAAGAUAAUGACCGUCGACGAGUGGAUCUCGAGAUGGAAGGCGAACGAACGAUUUCCCGAUUGUCUUUCGUGUGGCUCGACGAACACCAAGGAGCAUCACUUCUCCCAGACGUGGUGUCGAGGGAAGAAGAAGUUUGAGUCGGAGACGAUUUGUUGCGAGUGUCACAUGUGGAACUGGCGCUCGUACGCCGACCCAGAUUUCCUCACCCCGGAGGAGUACGAUAAACUCAAGUGGGAAAAGAUGGUGGCCGAGCACGCGCGACAGUUGGGCGACGCGCGCCUCGAAGACGGCGAAGCUACGUCCGCUCAGCCGCGAGAGGUCGCCGCCGCGUGA